CCUUCGUUUAAGACAAUGCUUUUCAUUCCCAUGCUUUGGACUAAGGUAUUCUUGGGAAACAAAGAUUAAUAAGUAAAGUAGUAAUUGCUCAUUCUACAGAAUCGAUAUUGCAUACAGUCUGUGGCGGAGAAUUCUUGAGCCACCCCAAUUCCCAAAACCUAACCCAAUUCAUAAUUAUCUCCCUCUCAUGCGCGCCUCUAAUCGCCCCCAACCCAAUUCCAGACCAGGGAGACGCCUCACACAGCCACCUGUACACACUCUCCUUUACCGCCGCCUCACCUGUAACCUUACUGCUGCUGCUGCGCGGCCUCCAGUCUCGGUUGGUCGGCCGGCCGAACCGACCGAUGCUACAAAGCCACUAUGAAGCUCAAGAAAUCCGCCCCCCUCCGCCGCCGCACCCCAGCCUCUCCAAAUUCAGCCCCCGCGGGGGCCGGGUGUCGCUCGUCUGCGACAUCCACCGCUGCCUCCUGCGAUCGCCCUCCUUCUUCCCCUACUUCAUGCUCGUCGCCUUCGAGGGCGGCGGCCCCCUCCGCGCCCUCCUCCUCCUCCUCUCGUGCCCGCUCCUCCUCCUCCUCGACUACGAGACCAAGAUGCGCGCCAUGAUCUUCAUCACGUUCUGCGGCAUGCGGCAGCGCGACGCCGAGAGCGUCUCGAGAGCGGUGCUGCCGAAAUUCUACCUCGAGAACCUCAACCUCCACGCCUUCGCGGCCCUGGAUUCCGCCGGAUAUAGGGCCGUCUUCACCGCCGUGCCCAGGGUCAUGGUGGAGCACUUCCUAAAGGAGUAUCUUGCCGUCGAUUCGGUCGUCGGGACCGAGCUCCGCUGCGCCGGAGAAUUCUUCACCGGCUUGGUCUCGCCCGCCGGCUUGGUCGUGAAGCACAGAGCUGUGAAGGAGAUGUUCGGCGACAAGAGGCCCGAUGUCGGCAUCGGAGCCUCCACGCUUCAUGAUCAUUUCAUGAUCUCUCUCUGCAAGGAAUCAUAUGUCAUAACAAGAGAAGACAACGCCAAAAGCAGCGCAAUAAUGCCAAGAAGCCGAUACCCAAAACCCCUAGUCUUCCACGACGGCCGGCUGGCGUUCCUUCCGACGCCGGCGGCGUCGCUCGCGAUGUUCUUGUGGCUCCCGUUUGGGAUCCUCCUUGCCGUCUUCCGCCUCUUCAUUGGCAUCUGCCUCCCCUACCACCUCUCCAUCCUCCUCGGCACCGCCACCGGCAUCGACCUCCGUGUCUUCGGUGCCGCGCCACCACCGUCCGCCGACGGCGGGGGCGUCCUCUACGUGUGCAGCCACCGCACCCUCCUCGAUCCGGUCUUUCUUAGCACUGCCCUCCGCAAGCCCCUCACCGCCGUGACCUACAGCCUGAGCAAGAUGUCGGAGAUCAUGGCGCCAAUCCGUACGGUGCGGCUGACGCGCGAUCGGUGGCGCGACGGCGCGACGAUGCAGCGGCUGCUGGCGGAGGGCGACUUGGUGGUGUGCCCCGAGGGGACGACGUGUCGGGAGCCGUACCUGCUCCGGUUCAGCUCGCUGUUCACGGAUGUCGCCGACGAGAUCGUGCCGGUGGCGGUGGACACGGAGGUGGGGAUGUUCUAUGGCACGACGGCCGGCGGAAUGAAGUGGUUGGACCCGAUCUUCUUCCUCAUGAAUCCGAGGCCGGUGUACGGCAUUCGGAUCCUGGAGAAGGUGCCGAGGCAGCUGACGUGCGCCGGGGGGAGGACGGCGCACGAGGUGGCGAAUUAUAUACAAAGGGAGUUGGGGGCAUCGCUAGGGUUUGAGUGCACCAAUUUGACGAGGAAGGAUAAGUAUUUGAUGCUGGUUGGGAACGAUGGGGUGGUCAAGAAGAAGGAGACCAAGAAUUCAUAGAUCAUGCAAUAUUGUAUUAAUCAUUUUUUUUUCUUUUUUUGGUUGGAAUAGACUAAUGUUGUUGGUAGUUUAUCAGCAAUUAUAUUCUCUCGCUCCGCAAAUUCUUCAA